AGUCGAGUCGAGUCGUAAUCGUUGUCGGCCAUGUUGUGAGUCUGAAUAGAGGUUCUUUAUCGCCUUCGGAUUCCAAGCCGUCAAGCGGUACUGAGUCAUCUACAUUUGUGAUUUGCUGAGUCGAUCAGUCUUUGAUUGUCUAUUUUGACUAAAGUCUGUAGAGUCAAUUGCGGUUGAUUCAAAAUGGUAAACACGGUCUCAGAUAUCGAUGUUGAACGGUUGAUUCUGAUAGUGCAAAAUCAUUAUGAAAUAUUUGACGCACGCGAUCCGAAGCAUCGAGAUCGUGAGCAUAUGGGACGUAUUUGGAAGGGAAUUGCCAAUGAAUUGAACUGUGAAGAAGCGGUCGUUAAAAGCAAAUGGCACAACCUGAGGAGUAAUUAUGCGCGGGAGAAGCGGAACUCAAAGCCAUCAAUCGCUGGAGAUGGGUCGCCCAAACACAUCAAGUGGCCCUACUUCGAUUCUUUGCGGUUCCUGGACGGUUUCAUGCGGCCCAGCGAAUCGCAAACCAACACCACCGAAGCUGAAUUCGAUAUCGCGCAGUUCGCGAGCGGCGAAGCGGCCGAUCUAGUCAAUUUCAAAUCUCCCGCCGCGUCGCCAUCUUCCGCCAAGCUAGCGAAAAAGCGGCCAUCUAUGAACGUUGAGAAAAUCGACGCUCUAUACAUAAAACACCUCGAGAAACUAAUCAACAAUAACAACGACCCUGAUCUUUUGUAUUUGAAAAGUCUGCUACCCAUGAUGAAACAGUUGACUACUUUGAAAAGUCUGGAGUUCAAGGGGGAAGUUAUCACGUUGUUGAAGAAUAAACUGCAAAGUCAGGAGAAUUAUAGUAACACAAACUCUGCGGGUCCUGGUCCAGGGCCUUCCGAAUAUACUACCGCGUAUUUGUGAAACUCUGUUUAUCACCAACAAUAGAUUAAAUCACAGACAAAGAAUCCUUUUUCCUCUGUGAUUAUAAUAUUGAGAGCACUAAGUGCCGAUUACACAAAAGCCGGUUACAUUUUAAUCGUGAUUAAUUCCACGAGAACCAAUCAGAGAAGCCGUCUUUCCAAAAAUGCCUUCUCUGAUUGGUUCUCAUGAAAUUAAUCAGGGUUAAAAUUUAACCGGGUCUAAGUGUCUAGACAGAGCUUAUCAAUUAUAGGUAAUAGGUAUCUACGUAGGUAAUCCUUUUGAUCGCGGAUCGCUCACUUUGUGUUCAGGGCCUCCAGGCCCUUAUAGUACGAGGAUCUAUAACCGAUAUUGGAACAAGACAUUGUUAAAUUCAAUCAAUGUUCAAAGUAUUCUUCACUUACCGCAAAGAAAUGUUAAUAACCUCUUGGAAUAGACUAAAAUUUAAUGUUUUGUGCCAUUGUACAUUCCUUCCAAUGUUAAUUAGUUCUCCUUAUUUGUUUGAUACCAUGAAUUACAGAAUCGAGUUUAUCGAGAGGAUUGCUAUGAUGAAUUAUUUAUAUUCUGAAGUCACAUUCUCACUAGCACUAUCUCUUUCUGAAGAAGGUGGCUUUUAGAUAAUAGAAAUAAUAUAAUCAGUUUGCAAGGAAACAUUUUUCAAACUCCUGUCAUAUUAUGAUGUUAUAAUUUGAAUUUUUGUCUACUAUCUACCUACCGGAAAUGUAAAUAUAGUAAAUAAUCUUGUCAUAGGUAGGAAUAAAUAUUUCUUUAUAGUAUAGGCCAAUAUAAUUUGAAUAUAGGCCAAAUAAAUAUUUUGAUAGGGAGCAAAAAGUUUCUACUCGUUUAAUGAUUUGUUGAUGAUGUAGGAAGCAUAAAUAAUGUUUCCAUAUUCUUGAUGUUGCCUGGUCUUUGAACUAGGAAUAGCUAUUUUACACCUUGUUUUCAAAUAAUAAUUUUUUACAUGAAUGACUGAUUAAGUUUUAAUGAAAACGUUGUAGAUGUUAGUAUUAUAUAAUCUAUAAACGUCAUUGUAAAAAUAAAUAGUUCAUAUUUAUUGUUGUUAA